GGCAAUAUAGUGGGAUGUGGGAUGUGGGCUGCGGGGUUGAUGAGUUUUUUUGUUUUUUUUUUUUCCCUUCCUGCCGGGUGUAUAUUUAGAGGUAGUUUGGGAAUAGGGAAUAGCGAGGUUUUCUUAGAAAUUAUAAAAAUUUGAAUUAAAAGUUGGAGUGAAGUUAGAAUAUGGGUUAACAAAGAAGUGUGGAGAAAAACUCAAAUGCUAAUUCCCUUGCGCCUCAAGAAUUUUAAUUGCAAAGGCCCUAUCAUCCGGUACGUAGAAUGGGGGAUCGGAAUAUAUCUCAACAACCUUCUGCCGCCGCCGCCGCUCUGCUCACCUCUGGUCAAGAUGUUCAGGUCUCUGCCUUGAUGAUGGUUUCACGCCAACAUGAGGUCCUGCAAAAUAUAUGUGAGAUCGAUAAAUCUUUGCGCGAACUGUGCGAGAGAAAGGAGAUGGAGAAAUCUCUAGCCGCGCUUUUUGCCCAGCAAACCCAACUGAUCGAUUUGACGAAAUCAAUGUCAGAGCAGCUUCGUUCACUAGAAACCAGUCGACCCGAAACGACGGCGAUUCCAAAUUCCACAAGCUUGCCCAUGGAUUUAGAGCCGGCAUCAAUGACGUUAAAUUAGGGGGAAGCUAUUAGAUCUGUAUAUUUAUUUGGGUUUUCUUAUAUGAGCGGAGAAGUAGCUAAUGAAAUCUUUGAAGUGAAAUUCAAACAAGGAGGAGGAGUCACGCAUGAACCCCGAGUAGUUCGACUUGUUGCCAGGUUCAGUGAGAAGCAUGAGCCUAUUGGCUAUCAGGCUGCACGGAUUUUUAACCGUUCCAAAUUAUACGUCGUUGCACAGGACGGUGGAUAUAUUAUUGAUACGAAGACUAUGUCAAGAUGUUCAUCUCUUCCUCUUACCCAAGGCUAUAAAUCAACACCAAUUGUUGUGUCUGCAUAUGACAAGCUGUAUUGUCUUGAAACUCCAUCGAACUUGCGACUUGUUCCGGAGCCCUCCUUCGAGAGUUAUGAUCCUGAUCAGAACAUCUGGGAGAAAAUGACUUCUUAUCCAUUUUAUAAUGAUUAUGACACCCAUACGAAUAUAACUGGUUAUGCUGUUUGUUAUGACAUUAUUUUGUUUUCAUUUGGUUGCUGGAAAGAAAGGAAUUUCGAUGUCAUUGCAUUUUACAUCAGUAGAAACUAAUGGAAGAGCGAGUGAAACUUCAUACUUCUGUUUAUUUCCCUCCUUUCUUAGGUAGGGCUGUGGUUAUAGGCAAGACUAUCUAUUCCUUAUAUGGG